GCAUUCCAAUAUCGAUAUAUCGACAAGCAUCGAUGUCCAUGUGUAUCCACGAGCUCUACAUCGAAGGUGCGCGAAGAUCUGUAAAUUUAAUAAGAAUCAUCAAGAAUUUACUUGGAAGCUGCAAGAAUGUUGAUGCGAGCAUCCUCGAUCCUUUGCCGACAAACAUUGUUAAGAGCAAAUGUGAUACCUCAGGAGGUGUCUACAUGUAGAUACAUCCAUCUAGUCAGCCGAGUAAAAGGGAUUCCCAAACGCAAUUCUUUGCUGAAUCUACAGGAUAACUACAGAGUUACAGGAAUCCCUUUGGUUCGCUAUGCUAGCACUAACGAGACACUGCUGCAAACCGAUCCAUACAACGAAAUACCAGAUCCUCCGAUACCACCAAUACAAGAAGUAGUGGAGAAUAUUGUAAAACUGCAUCCAAAUGGGGAGCAAACUCUCGAGAGUCUUGGAUUAGGUGGUUGGACUCCAGUUGGAAUUGUACAAAAUCUCUUGGAAUACAUGCACAUAGGCUUGGAUAUUCCAUGGUGGUCAACAAUCGUCAUAGGUACUGUUGUUCUAAGGACUCUCAUAUUCCCUUUGGUGAUAAUGUCGCAAAAGAAUAUGGCCAAAUUUAGCAACCAUAUGCCAGUGAUACAAGAACUACAAAAAAAAAUGACGGAAGCUAGGCAGCUUGGUGAUCAUUUCGAAAGCGCGCGAUGUGCACAAGAUCUGAUGAAGUACAUGAAGGCGAAUGAUGUCAAGGCCGCAAAGAAUUUCUUGGUGCCAUUGGUUCAGAUGCCAAUCUUCGUUUCCUGCUUUAUAGCCCUGAGAAAAAUGGCAAAUCUGCCUGUGGAGAGCUUAAAAACUGGCGGAUUUUGGUGGGUGCAGGACCUCACUUUACACGAUCCUUAUUACAUAUUGCCGAUAAUUACAAGUGUGACAAUGUAUAUCACAAUCGAAAUUGGCGCAGACGGCACUCAUCUUAAAUCAUUGGGCUUAAUGCGAUACGUAUUACGAAUAGUACCCUUCGUUGCAUUGCCAUUCAUGUUGCACUUUCCUGGUGCUAUUUUGACGUAUUGGAUGUCGACAAACUUUGUUUCCCUGAUACAAACCGGUAUAUUAAAGAUACCAAAAGUAAGGAAGGUCCUCAACAUGCCUACCGUAAUACGACACGCUCCAAAACCCACGAGUGAAAAGAGUUUUGUAGAAGAAUUCAAGAAUUCUUGGACAAAUUUAAAAAUAACGAAGCAGGUAGCUGAUAGAGCACGAGCAGACGUAGUACAGUUUAAUGCUGCCGGUAAAAACCCCAUAGUGAAGACAUUCAAAUAUGACCCAACAAAUCAAAAACAAUCGACUGUCCUUACGAAAAGUAGAUAAUCAUUUCAAUAAAAAAUAAAUGCGCGUGUUAUAUUUAAGUAUUUGAUUACUUAGUAUGUGACACAAUAAGUUAAUUUGUAAUUGUAGUUACAAUAAAUGGUAUCUUAUUUAAAGCA